UCUCUUAUUUACAAAAUACAAUCAAUUUACUCUCCUUUUCAAUAAACUUUUCCUUAUUUACAAAAACUGAUUUGCUCUUAACUCUCAAAUCAGCUCCAUCUUCCUUCUUAACUCUCAAAUCGGCUCCAUCUUCAAUCGCCCAAAUCAGCUCCAUCUUCAAUUGCCCAAACUUUUCCUCUAUACAUUUCAUCUCAAUUUCAUUGUAAACUUUUUCAAUCUGAAAAUUUUCCGCUCAUUUUUCUGAUAUGGCGCCAAGUUGAUGGGUUGUUGAGACAUCAAAACCUGCUGGUGAAGUUAUUGAGAUCAAAAUCUCGUUUUGAUAGAUUUUGGUAUUUACAUGGUGAAUAUUCAAAUGCAACUAUGAUACAAUCAUUUCAGAGUAACGUGCCAUAGAAGAGACUUUGCAGCCCCAUAAUCCAAUGGAAUUCAUGGUUAAUAAUGCUUUUGGGUUCACAAGGAACAAUAUCAAUGAACCUGACGUGUCUUGUGAGCCUAUAAAAGGAGAAGAAAUAUUUAUUGAAGAGCAUAUUGAAAGGCGUAAUGAAGAUUAUGCUAAGUUAUAUGAUCUGGUUGAAGAGUGUAAGAAGUAUUCCAAAUUGUCCUUUCUAAUUAAAUUGUAUCACAUAAAGUGUUUGUGCCGAAUGACUGACAAAGCAAUAAGUAUGAUAUUAGAAUUAUUAAAAUAUGCCUUUGAAGAUGCCAAGAUUCCUGCUUCCUUUUAUGAGGCCAAGAAAACCAUCAAUAAACUUGGUCUUAAUUAUACCAAGAUACAUGCUUGCCCAAAUGACUGUAUGUUGUAUUUUGGGAAAGAUGAUAAAGGCUUGCAAGAAUGCAAAAAAUGCAAGACAUCUAGGUGGAAAGAUAAUAAAACAAAGCAACCUGCAAAGAUUUUGUGCUACUUUCCACUAAAGUCGAGGCUACAAAGACUGUUCAUGUGCUCUAAAAUUGCUGAGUCUAUGAGAUGGCAUUUUUUAGGGGGUAACCAAUAUGGAUUGAUGAGGCAUACUAGGGAUUCUCAAACUUGGAAAACAUUUGACUUGCUUCAUCCUGAAUUUGCUAUUGAUCCUCGCAAUGUACGACUAGGCCUAGCUAGUGAUGGUUUUAAUCCUUUUGGAGCAAUGUCAACAACUUAUAGUAUUUGGCCACUGAUUCUUAUUCCAUACAACCGUCCUCCUUGGGAGUGCAUGAAACAAUCUUCAUUCAUUCUCUCAAUGAUCAUUCCAGGAAAAAAGAUGCCAGAAAAUGAUAUAGAUGUUUACUUACAACCUCUUAUUCAAGAGUUGAGGGAAUUGUGGUAUGAUGGAGUGCAGACAUUAGAUUCUUCAAAAAAUGAAACAUUUAAUGAGAGCAGCUUUAAUGUGGAUGAUUAGUGAUUUUCCUAGGCUUGGUAACUUAACUGAUGGAAUACAUACACUCAGUUUGCUUGCCCAUAUGUAACUUUGCUACAGACUCUUACAGGUUGAAGCAUAGUAGAAAAUGAUGUUUUACAGGUUGCCCCAUAUGUAAAUAUAUAGUUUUGGUAUAUUUGUAAUCCUCUUCUUCAAGUACCAGGGGUUAUAUACUCACUGGCAUUAUGGCUUGGAUUGAUCAAUAUGUCUCAGUUAUGAGCUGAUGGCAUGUAUUCGGUGGUAGAGUUAGAAUGUUUAUUAAGGGGAUUAAAAAAACGUAGAAUGGCUUGGAUUGAUAAAUAUGUCUCAGUUUGUUCUUAGAAAGAGUCUUUGUAGUUUGGGUAGUGAUUUGCAUGUAAAUACAGGGGUAAGUGAGAUUUAAGGAUUUUUUAGUCUUAGGUUAUCAUAUAAAUAGGAAAAUAUAGUAAUUUUACUGCUAAUUAGUAUCAGCAUUGUAGGUUAAUCAUUAGUGAAAUGUUAAUGAUAUUUCGUUCUAUGGUGUAAAGACUGUAAAUUGGAUGAUGUUCGGAAGUGACCAAUCUAUGGGAGCUCUUAAACAUUUUCAGGCAUAACAUGGAUUGUAUACAACUAUUGUACAGUGUAGCUCCUACUUUGUGUUAAGACAUGAACUUAAUACUGAAAAAUCAUUUCAAUGACAGGCAUGACUUUUGGGCGGAAUGGGUAUUAUAAGUAAUAAAGUGACUAUUACAGUGUUGAUUAGAUGUUAAUAUUUGUUUCAAGUGAACUGUACAGAGUAUGUUGAAAUUGAAAUGAGAAUGAUCAGCUAUUCUGCGUUUUUUUACUAUGCCUAAAACUGUU